CCGUCACUUCCUGUAAACAAACCAAACGGCAGUAGCACUCUGCUGUGACUCUGUCGACCACGUCCCUGUGUUUUCACUUAUUUCCACCGUCUUUGGGUGUUUUUUUCGACGAUGGCUCAGGCCGGAGUCCUCCUGGACAAGGACCAGUUCAACUGCUCCAUAUGUCUGGACGUGUUGAAGGACCCCGUGACGAUCCCGUGCGGACACAGCUACUGCUCCAGAUGCAUCCAGAACUACUGGGACCAGGACGACUACCUCGGGGUCUUCGUCUGCCCGCAGUGCCGACAAAACUUCAACCCGAGGCCGGCGCUCAAUAGAAACACCAUGCUGGCCGAUGUGGUGGACAGAUUCAGGAAGACGAGGCUCAGCGAGGCCUCGGCGCCCCCCGCCCAGACUUCCUUGGCGCAGGCCGACGACGUGGAGUGCGACGUCUGCACCGGGAGCAAGAACAAGGCUGUCAAGUCCUGCCUGGUGUGUCUGGCCUCGUACUGCGACGCACACGUCCAGCCUCACUACGAGUCCGCCGCCUUCAAGAAGCACAAGCUGGUGUCGGCCUCCAAGCGACUCCAGGAGACAAUUUGUCCCCAACACGACAAGCUGCUGGAGGUGUACUGCCGCACCGACAAGUGCUGCAUCUGCUACCUGUGUCUGACGGAUGAGCACAAGGGACACGACACGGUGCUGGUGGAGGCAGAGAUACAACAGAAACAGAUGCAGCUCGGUGACAUGAAGCACAGCUCCCAGAUGAGGGCUCAGCAGAGAGAGAAGGAGGCGCAGGAGCUGAGACAAGCCAUUUUCUCUCUCACCCGCUCGGCUCGGGCAGCGUCGGAGGAGAGCGACAGCGUCUUCUCUGAGCUGAUCCGGUCGAUAGAGUUGAAGCGCUUCGAGGUGCGGGAGCUGAUCAAGGCCCAGGAGAAGAUGGCCGUCAGCGACGCCGAGCAGCUGCUGGAGAGGAUCCAGAAGGAGAUCGCCGAGCUGAAGAAGAGCGAGGCUGAACUGGACAAGGUUUCCAACACAGAGGACCCCGUCUCUUUCCUUCAGAGCUGUCAGUCUCUCCACGCUCCACCUGGGCUGCCGGCUUUGCCUCUAGUCACCUCUGACCCCGGCCUCACCGUGCUCCCCGUCAUGACAGCUCUGUCAGAUUUUAAGGGGCUGCUGCAGGAGGUCUGUCAGGAAGGAUUUGUCAGCAUUUAUGAGAAAGUGAAAGAUGUAGUUAUUGUAGGUCACCAGAAUCCUCCAGUGCAGCAUGACGCGACGCAGUCUGGUGACGCCGGGUCAGCCGAACACAUGGAAACGCCCAUAUUGAUCUCUCCAUCCGGACUGGACCAAACUCCCAUCAGCCCCCUCAACCCGUUCCUCUCUGCACCACCAGCCAUGCCCACCUUUGCCUUCACGCCGUUUGGGUCCAAACUGUCUUCAGGAUCCAGACAGAGACACCCCCAGCGACGCGCUCACAGAAGCCGUGAUCAGUGCACCUGUGAACUACGCCCAUCUUUGUUCCUUCCCUGUUCAGUUCACUCACGGAGGGAAAUGGCAGCUGCGACUAUUUCCAUAGAGCAGGACCAGUUCUGCUGUUCGGUGUGCCUGGACGUGUUGAGGGACCCGGUGACGAUCCCCUGCGGACACAGCUACUGCCUGGACUGCAUUGAAGACUACUGGAACAGGCCCAAGCAGAAAGGCCAGUACAGCUGCCCUCAGUGCAGGCAGGUGUUCAACCCGAGACCUCUGCUGAGCAGGAACACGGUUCUCGGGGAAGUGGUGGAGAAGUUUCAGCGAAGCGGAUUCCACGAUGCUGCCCGUCCCCCCCUGGCCAAACCGGAGGACGUGAGGUGCGGCGUUUGCCCGGGGAGGAAAAGCAGGGCUGUCAAGUCCUGCCUCGCGUGCUCGGAGUCUUACUGCGCGGGCCACCUGAGAGCCCACGAACAGCGCUUCCACGGCAAGUCCCACAAACUGAUCGCGCCCACGGAGCAGCCGAGAGAGAAGCUGUGCCCGCAGCACGACAAGCUGCUGCGCCUGUACUGUCACGUCGAGCAGCAGUGUGUGUGUUCGCAGUGCGUCAAAGAGAGACACCGGGGCCACGAGACGGUCCCGGCGGUGGACGAGAGGGACAGACAACAGAAAAAACUUCAAGAAGCCUCUUUGAAGUCCGUGCAGAAACUGAGGGACACGGAGAAGGAAAUUAGAUAUGUUAUUAGGUACUUCAAGCACUCGGCAGAGGCAGCCGUGGAGGAGAGUGAGCGGAUUUUCUCCAAGCUGAGCCGAUCCAUCGAGAAGCAAAGCUGUGAGGUGAAGGAGCUCAUCAGAGUCCAGGAGAGAGCGGCCGUCAGUCAGGCUGAGGAGGCGCUGGAGAAGAUACAGAGGGAGAUAGGCGAGCUCAGGAGGACCGAGGCUGAGCUGGAGAAGCUCUCUCAUACCGAGGACCACAUCCACUUCCUCCAGAAGUGCAAGUCUCUUCAUUUCCAUACAAAGCCUGCUGAGAUGCCCAACACUGAUGCACUUCUGUAUUUGAUGUAUAAAACAAUGAGAGGGGCCCUGGCUGAUCUGAAGGAGAGUCUGGAUGAAAACCUCCACAAAGAAUUCAGCAGAAUAUCUGAUAAAGUAAUUGUACUCAAAGAAAACAGCAGCCUGAGUAACUCGGAAAAAACUAAAGAAGCUGCUGUUAAAGCGAGACAACUGGAAGCAGUAAGAAAGGAAAUCAAAAAUUCGAGUAACACCGAAAAAACAAAACCUAAAGACAUCGAGAUAUCAUUCAACACGGAGCCAAAGACAAGAGCAGAUUUUCUACAGUACCACAGUGACAUAACCCUGGACCCGAACUCAGCCAACCCUUUUCUGUGGUUCUCCGAUGGGCGGAGGGGGGUGACCACGCGAUCGGAAGCGCAGCCUUAUCCAGACCACCCGGAUCGAUUCACCAGCUGGGCCCAGGUGCUGUGCAGAGCCGGCAUGGCAGGGCGCUGCUACUGGGAGGUGGAGUGGUCUGGAAGUGGAGGAGUUUCCAUUGGCAUCUGCUACAAAAACAUGAGCAGGAGUGGAGGAGGGAGCGACUCCAAGCUGGGACACAACUCCAAGUCCUGGAGCCUGGACUGCUCUAACACAGACUGUUCAUUUCAGCACAAUAAAGAGAGCGUGACCAUAGCUACUAGUUGCAGCAGCAGAAUAGGAGUGUAUCUGGACUUCAGAGGUGGGACUUUAUCUUUCUACAAUGUCUCUGAAACAAUGGUUCCAAUUUACAAAGCAAAGACAACAUUCACUCAGCCUGUAUACCCGGGAUUUUGGGUGGGGUUGGGCUCUACGUUGAAGCUGUCCUCUCUUCAAGUGUGAAAUUGACUGGACAGCAUCAAAAGCAGUUUAAUUCCCCUUGUAAAUAUGGGGUUGAAACCAUUUAUCUCACAGAGAAAAUAACGAAACUGAGACGAUGUUUAUGCUCACAGCUUUGCUUUUUAAUAACCAUACAAGCCGAGAGCAGCAGCAAUACUUUGGUGGAGCUGGGAACCGGCCGAUGGACUUUAGAUCUUAUUGAAGGCAGCAACAUCAAUACUCUGGAUCUGCAGAUAAAGGAAAAUAGAUUUAAGUUUGUCAUUUGUUGUAUUAACAGAUGUGUAUUCAGAAGAACAUCUAUUGAAAAUAAAGUAUUUUUUUUUAAUUCA